GUUAUAUAUAUAAAAAAACAAAAAUGGUUGAUAAGCAAAACAUUUUAUAGUUUGUAAGAAAAAAUAGUUGUGAAUUUAUCAUGUGAUAUUAUUGUUUAGCGCAUUUAUAUAAUUCAAAUGUUAAAAAUGGUUGAAAUAGCAACAAAUUUAAAAAUUGUUCGCGAAAAAAUCAUUCAAGCUGCCGCUAAAAGAUUGCCUGAAUUGAAUUUUGGUGAACCAAUAUUAGUUGCUGCAAGUAAACUAAAACCACCAGACGAUAUAAUUGAGGCAUAUAACGCUGGCCAAAAGCAUUUUGGUGAAAAUUAUGUCAAUGAAUUAGUUGAAAAAGCAAAUGAUCAAAAAAUAUUGGAACAAUGUAAAGAAAUACGUUGGCAUUAUAUUGGUCAUUUGCAAAGAAAUAAAAUUAACAAAAUUUUAGGUAUUAAAAAUCUAUUUAUUAUUGAAACUGUCGAUAGUGAAAAACUUGCGUCAGCUCUUGAUGUUGGAUGGAUGAAAUUUUCUAAAAACGAUGAUUCCAAAUUGAAAAUUAUGGUACAAAUUAAUACAAGUAAUGAAGCAGAAAAAAAUGGUUGCAAAAUAGAAGAGGCACCAUCGUUGGUAAAAUAUGUUUUAGAAAAUUGUAAAUAUUUGGAAUUUGUUGGAUUAAUGACUAUUGGACAAUAUGGAUAUGAUUUAUCUAAAGGUCAAAAUCCAGAUUUUUUGUCAUUAGUAGAAUGUCGCAAAAAUGUUUGUCAAGAACUGGGACUUGAUCAGAAAAAUGUUCAACUUUCCAUGGGAAUGUCUUCUGAUUAUGAACACGCGAUUGAACUUGGCAGUACAAGUGUAAGAGUUGGAACCUCAAUAUUUGGUGAAAGGCCAAAGAAAACUUAACUAUAAUGCGUGUUAUCUUUUUUUUCAUAAUUUUUAUUAAGUUUAUAUAAAGGAGUCUAAAAACUUAAAAACAAUAUUCAAGUACUUAAAUUUGUGAGAAUUAAUUUUUCUAAUUUUUCCCUUUUUUUAAAAUAAUUUUUUGUUCCUUUUUGAUCAAAGAAUUAAUAAUCAAAUAGUUUAAAUAGAAAUUAUUAUUUUAAAUAAUCUAUUUUUAAACACUCUCAGGAAGUUGUAUAUCUAUUUUAAUAGAAUCUGUAAAUAAAUUACAUAGUUGAAAAAUAAUAAUUUAUGUAUACCCAUUUUUCUGGGUGCAAGGAGAAAAUUAUUGUAUUGUCGCCAAAAAAAGGUAUAAAUAAAAUUAAUAGUGAAAAAAAAAAAUAUGUAAAAUUAUUGGUCUUACGAUAUCUUUAUGAUUAAUUUAUUUUAUGACAGAUACAUUAUUAUAAAUUAUAUAUGUGAGCACCUAUAUAUCUAUACAAAUAAAAUGACAAUAUCCGCUUGCGGGAAAAAUGUCACAUUGGAAAUGAGUUUUUCUUCGACAGCACAGUGUUCAGAGAAUAAAUUUUCGAUAUCAAGAAAAAAAAAAUUACAUAAAUAUUUUUGUCGUAUUGUUGUUUGAGUGAAAAUCACAGCCGUCGGUAUGAUGUUUUUAAAUACAUUAUUUGUUUGUUUGUUUGUGUGUGUGUCUGUGUAUCAACCAUCAUUAUUAUUUUAUAAAGAUAAUAUGAUUUUAUGUUACAAGAAAGCGAUA